CGCACCCCCCACCCCCAAACCCGCUCUCCCCUCCUUCUCCCCGCGUUACAAUCAGCACACGCUCUCUGCUAGUCUGAUCGCUCUCGCCAUCGCACCUCUGUCUCGUCGAACAAUGGCCUCCACCGCCGCCGCUUCCUCCCCUUUCGACUGCGUCCUCUUUGACCUCGACGACACGCUGUACCCGGGAAGCGCGGGCAUCGGGCUGGCGACGAAGCGCAACAUCGACGAGUUCCUCAUGGCACGGUGCGGCGUCACGGCGGAGCGGGCCGCCGCGCUCCGCGUCGAGCUCUUCCGCUCCUACGGCAGCUCGCUCGCCGGCCUCAUCGCUCUCGGCUAUGACGUGCACCCGGAUGAGUACCACAGCUACGUGCACGGGAGGCUGCCCUACGACCGGAUCGCCGCCGACCCGCAGCUCGCCGGCCUUCUGCGGAGCAUCCCGCAGCGCAAAAUUCUGUUCACCAACUCUGAUCGCGCGCACAUGAGGAAGGCGCUGCAGCGGCUGAGCGUCGACGAGGGCUGCUUCGACGCCGUCGUGUGCUUCGAGACCAUGAACCCUCACCUCUUCGGUGAGGCGCCGUGCGCCUCCGGCGAUGACCGCCCCGGCGUGAUCCUCAAACCGUCCCCCGAUGCCAUCGUCGCGGCUCUGCGCAUCGCCGGCACCAAUCCACACCGGACGCUCUUCCUCGACGACAGCGAGAGGAACAUCGCCGCAGGAAAAGCUCUUAGCCUCCGCACCGUCCUGGUUGGCAAGAGGGUGAGGAGCAAGGAGGCCGACUACGCUCUUGAGAGCAUCGGCAGCCUCCGGCGAGCCAUCCCGGAGAUUUGGGGCGGCGUCGCCGUCGCCGUCGCCGGCGAACAGCUCGACCACGGCGCCGCGGAGAAGACGAAGGGAAUGAGGUCCGAUCUGGACUCCAUCAUCCAGCCAACGUCAGUCCUGGCGUAAUCGGUUCCUAAUCCAUUCGCACAUAAACAAAUCGCCACUAAUAAAAGCAAGUACUGUCCAUUAAUUAUCAUGUAAAUUAUUCUGAUUCCUGAUGCUGAGUGCGUGUGCAGUGUAUUUGUAUAUGGGCCUGGCUGACAAGGAAAUAUGCAUGUGUAUAUCAGUUCUGAUGAUCAGCUUUUGUUUGCUGUAAAAUGUAAAUGGCACUAUGAGCAAGGAAUUUGUCUUUGAUUGCUGUUUUUUUUU